CUUCAUUAUCUGAUGACGUGAUAAGAGGAUUGCAUAAUUCGUUCUUAUCUGUUGCAAACGAUAAAAACAGAGAAUGAGCUGCUGUUGUACAGACGAAAGCCGCACAAUGGCAAGUGACAUACCGAAAGUAGAAAGCUUAAUAAAUGAAGCCGAGAAAGCUUUUACAGAAAAAUUCAAAAGUAAGCCAGACGUGGUGGUAUUUGCUCCCGGAAGAGUGAACUUAAUUGGCGAACACACCGAUUAUAACGAUGGUUUCGUUUUACCUAUGGCUUUACCUCUGGUGACAGUUGUGGUAGGAAGCAAGAACAAUACUGAUACCUGCCAUGUCUUGACAACUAACCAGCAAUGUGAUGCUCCAAAAGAAACUGAUUUUCUUAUUCCGUCUAAGCAGUCUCUUCAGCCAGGGUCACCUAAAUGGGCUAAUUAUGUUAAAGGAGUUGUUCAGAAUUUUAAAGGUGCAGUCCCAGGCUUUAAUGCUGUCAUUUCUUCAAGUGUUCCACUUGGCGGAGGUGUUUCAAGCAGUGCUGCUCUAGAGGUUGGAGUUUAUACAUUUCUGGAGGCACUUACAGGAGAGAAAACAAACCUCCAAGACAAGGCGUUAGCAUGUCAGAAAGCUGAACAUACAUUUGCGAACAUGCCUUGUGGCAUUAUGGACCAGUUUAUUUCAGUGAUGGCCAAAGAAGGCAGUGCCUUACUUAUUGAUUGCAGAUCAAUGGAAGCAACUAUAGUUCCUAUCAAUGAUCCAAAAAUUGUUAUUUUAAUAACAAACUCAAAUGUUCGGCAUGAACUGACUGGUAGUGAGUAUCCAACUAGAAGGAAGCAGUGUGAAGAAGCUGCAAAACUGCUUGGAAAGAAAAGCCUGAGAGAUGCUAAAUUAAGUGACAUUGAAGUGCUACAGCAGAAGAAGGUUGAUGAAGAUAUUGUGCGUCGUGCCAGACAUGUCAUAGGUGAAAUUAAUAGAACUGAACAGGCAGCAGAGGCACUGAAGAGCAAAGAUUUUACGUUAUUUGGAAAGUUGAUGUUGGAGAGCCAUGAGUCUUUAAGGUCAGACUACGAAGUCUCUUGUGCAGAAUUAGACCAGCUGGUGAAGGCAGCUACUGAGGUGAAAGGUGUGCUUGGCUCUCGCAUGACUGGUGGAGGGUUUGGAGGCUGCACAGUGACACUGGUGUAUAAAGAUGCUGUUAAUGAAGUCAUAAACAAUACAAAAAAGAAGUACAAAGGAAAAGCAACAUUUUAUGUAGUCACCCCAUCUGUAGGAGCUACAGUUGUGAGAGGAAAGUAAUAUCAGUGAAACCAUAUACUGCCAUGACAGCUGUAGAAUUGUUAUAUUUGUGAGCACUUGUUUUGGGCUACAUAGUGUUGCACAUUUAGUCAUACAGCAAAACUAUUUCAGAUUUUGAAUAAUUGUAUGAAAACUAUUACUAGACUAAUUUUUAAUGUAAUUAGUACAACUGAUCAAGUCAUAUCUUGUGUGUUAAAUCUUAAGGUUGAAAAUAUGGGAUUAGGUGGUGUUUUACAAAAGGCACUAUGUUAUUGAUCAGUUAGAAGUGUUUCUCUCAAGGAGUUUGCCAUUUUGCUUACUAAACUAUUACAAAUAUUUCUCUUCAAUCUGCAACAAAGUGUACAUUAUAGGCCAUCUUAAAGCAAAUUAUAUGAUUUUCCAGACCAAUAAUUGAAUGUUUCAUAAACGUUGCUGAUACCCCUCCACUCUCUCUCUCUCUCUCUCUCUCUCUCUCUCUCUCUCUCUC